GGGGCGAUUUCCUAUACGAUACUUGCAUUGUUGUAUGCAUGUGGCCGCAAACAAACUAUGAUGAAUAUUCUUGUAAAAUCCUCCUCUACGGUCAAUCAAUAGCCAACUCUCUCUCUCUCUCUCUCGUGGAAAAUUCAAACAAGUAGUCCCGACUUUUCUUCAUCAAAAACCAAACAAAUUUGUAGAACAGAGUUCAUUAAUGGUUAUAAACUUGUACAACAGAGUUUUUGCCUUUCUUCCAAAAGAUCGCUAAUUUUCCAUGAAAGCGUUUCAUUUUAUGGAUUCAUCAUAAUUAUUAUCAUCUAUGUUGUUACCAUCCAUCCUAAAACAACUCAUCACCAUCCUCUUCAUCUUGUCUGCAAUUCUGUCAUCAAUAUCUCACUGCAGAAGCAGCAGCAGCAGCGAAGAAGAAGAAGGAUCUUAUAUCGAUUGCGGUCGUACCUACGAGUGUGGUGACCUCAAAAACAUUUCCUACCCUUUAUGGGGAGCUGAUUUCAGACCCCUAUCCUGCGGCCGGGAAGGCUUCGAGGUUGAGUGCCGAAACAACAAACAACCGGUUAUACGAAUCAAUGGUCAAGAGUUUCGAAUUCUGAACAUCAGCAAAACAGGUAACGGAGUGAAAAUUGCAAGAAAUGAUCUCCUCGAAUCUGAUGGUCUCUGCAACGAAAAUACUGUUGCCAUCACUUUGAAUUACUCGCUGUUCGAUUAUGCUUCAACCGUUCGAAACCUGACAUUAAUCUACAGCUGUCAACAAGGUUCAACUCUUGUGGGAUCACUAAAAAACUUUACGUGUGAUGCGAACGGGCAGACCGUUUACUAUACCACAGAAGAACGGUAUCUCAGCAAACCUGAAGCUCCAAUCAUCCAGAGAAAUUGUAACCUUGUCCAAGUUCCGGUUUUACGGGCUUCCAUUGAUGAGAACCCUGAUCCCAUUGGAAGAAAAGAAGUAGAGCAAGUUGUGAGACAGGGGUUUGAAGUAGAUUACAGCCAGCAAUUAACUUUUAUGUGUAACCAAUGUGAGAGGUCAGGUGGGAGAUGCGGAUCAAAUGCCACUGAUGGAUUCCUCUGCUAUUGCCGUAACAAUAAGUCCCAUGACAUGGUGUGUCACCCUGCAGAAGAUCGUACUAAUUGGAAGAUCGGGGUUGUACUAGGAGCUAUUUGUGCUGCAAUUGGUAUAUUGCUGACCUGUGUUAUAAUUUGCGUUACUAGAAAUGUGAAAUUGCCAAGAAAGUUUUUCUCACAGAUGACUAAAUCUGAUAAAGACAUUGAAGGUUUCAUUAGAAGUUAUGGACAUCUACAUGUGAAAAGAUACAGAUUCUCUGAUAUCAAGCAAAUGACCAUAUCAUUCAAAGAAAAAUUAGGUCGAGGAGGUUAUGGUGAUGUGUACAAAGGAAAGCUACUCGAUGGGCGUCUUGUAGCUGUGAAACUCCUCAAUGAAUCGAAAGGAAAUGGUGAAGAAUUUAUUAAUGAAGUUGCAAGCAUUAGCAGAACAUCUCACAUAAAUGUUGUCACUCUUGUAGGAUUUUGCUUAGAAGGCAACAAGAGAGCUCUCGUUUAUGAGUUCAUGUCAAAUGGAUCACUUGAAAAGUUCAUAUACAAUGAAAAUCCUUUGCAAACCACUCCACAGUUAGAAUGGAAGAAGCUACUCCAAAUUGCCAAAGGGAUUGCUGAAGGACUCCAAUAUUUGCACCAUGGUUGCAACACUAGAAUUUUGCAUUUUGACAUCAAACCACAUAACAUUCUCUUGAAUAAGGAUUUUUGCCCAAAAAUUUCUGAUUUUGGACUAGCUAAACUUUGUGAAAGGAAGGAGAGUAUCAUAUCGAUGGCAGAUGCUAGAGGAACAAUAGGGUAUAUAGCUCCUGAAGUUUUCAAUCGAAACUUUGGAGGAGUUUCUCACAAGUCGGAUGUUUAUAGCUAUGGAAUGAUGAUUCUAGAGAUGGUUGGAGGAAGGAAAAACAUCAAGGUUGGAGUGAGCAACACAAGUGAAAUAUAUUUUCCACACUGGAUUUAUAAAAAUCUUGAACAAGGUACUGUUCUUGGAUUAUUGCAUGGUGUCGUGACAGCAGAGGAAGAUGAAAUUGCAAGAAAGAUGGUUUUAGUUGGUUUAUGGUGCAUUCAAACAAACCCGUUAGACCGACCAUCCAUGAAGAAAGUUAUUGAAAUGCUGGAAGGUAGUUUGGAAGCCUUGCACAUCCCACCAAAGCCUUUCUUGUCUCCUUCAAAAUCACCAGAAGAAUUUUCUGAUGCCACAUCAAUUUUAUGAUGAUAUAUACUUUUUCGAGAUUACUUUUGUAGCAACUAAACUCUCUGUUAUAGAAAGAUCAAUGUGAUCAAUGUUAGAGCUCUUGCUCAUCUUGCAGUUCC